AUGAAUGUAGAUCAUGGAGGUAAUCUGGAAGAGCAGUGGGAAGCAAUUAAGGAACUUAUAGAAAUCAACUUCAGUUUUGAAUGGUAUCGAUUUAAGAUGGAGCUGAUUUUCAGAAACAAGAUAGAACCACUGUUCGCCUCCGCCGUCGAUCUCUCCGUGGCGAGAAAUAAUUUAUAUGUCUCCUCCGUCAUCGGCAUCAUCCUUCGCCUGCUUCCCCGUAAAAAUAUAGGGGGAAAUACAGUUCCACUACUCUUCGAGGGACAGCCAUCGGCCUUCUAUGCCCUGGUAAUAUCUGUUGUAUUUACUUUCACCGGUUCUUUCACGGCGUUGAUGAUAGGCGAUAGCUCCAAGACUUCAAGAUUCUGCACGCUUUAUUCCUUGGUCGCCAUGAUUUUAGCUUUAUCAAUUCUCGCGCAUGUCUUUUUAUCCUGAGUGCUUCUUAGGUUCCUUCUGCUUCUCUUCCAAGAUCCAAGCCUCUUCACCUGUCUCUGGCUUUGAGUCUUUGGAUCUGGUGAUUAUAGGAUCUAGCCUUGUUUUUCUUUUUAUCUUUUUUCCUUUUGAAUGAUGUAUCUGGUUAUUAUCGGCGAGUAAACCAACUCUAUGUUCUCUAGUUCUCCUGCAUAAAGCAAGAAAUUAUGUGUUGAAACUUUUGCAUAAUCUGUUUGUUAAAAAGCUUGGCAGAGCAAUUACUGUUUUUUUUUCUUAACAAAAUUUGUUAUGGCAAUUUGGUCCCUUUUUGUAGAAACCCUAAUUCUCAAAAUUCCCUCCUUAUAAUCAAUCUCUACGAAGUCAUCUCAAUUCUUACUAGAUAUUCACUCUCAAAUCUCAACAAUGGUGAAACUGAAAGAUUUUUUUUUAAUGGAUAAUAAAAUUAUUAUUUCAAUAUCUAAAUAAGAGGAAAAGCAUGCUACAACUAGUUGCUGCAGAUGAUUCGAACUUGUUUGAAUGCAUCCUUGCACGCAAGCUUGAUAGGAAGUGUUCAGAAAGAUUUCAGAAAGAUUUCCUCUUCAUAGUAGAGAUGAACCUCUUGAACUCAUGCUUUAUCUAUCAGUUUUUGAACUCUUAUUCAAGUAGCUUGAUUAUUUUGUCAAGUCGAACUUGAGUACAUAAAAUAAGAUUCAAAUCAAGCCUGAGUUAUGAGCUUUGUGAUCAAUCCAUGUUCCAACUUCUCACUCGCUCUCUCCAUGGUA